AUGCGCACGCCACGGCCCAGGAACAACGCAGCCGUGUACGAGGACGCCAUCAUGGAGGCUGAGAUCACUCGCAUGCUGCUCCUGGUGCACAUACAGCCCAUACCUACCAACCCGGAUAAGAGCUAUGUGGAGAUGCUAUACGCGUACGAGAACGACGCACAGCCUGUUAGGGACAUGGAUCUGGUGCUGUAUACGACCCUGCAGGACGUUUGGAUCGCACGGACGGAAGGCGAUCUGCAACUACUACUGGAACUACAGGGAGAACUAUACAUGAAACUCACAACACAGCAGAACGACAUACUACAACUCAUCAUACACGGCGUACGACAUCAAUGA